AUGAAGUUUAGCAGAGCCAGCUUGGUGGCGAUCUUCUUGGCUUUCACUGUAGUGGGAGUGACGCAUGCAUCGGAUCCUGAUAUCCUUUCCGAUUUUGUUGUUCCAGCGGGCCAAAAUUCAACACAUUUGGAUGGCAGUUUCUUCACAUUCACGGGUUUCAGAGAGGUUGGAAAGAACAAUUUAACCGGGCAGACCGCAGCCAAAGUGACAAAGGCGGCAAUGGCAGAGUUUCCAGCGUUGAAUGGGCUGGGCGUUUCCAUGGCUGUGCUGCAGUUCCCUGCUGGCGGGGUGAACCCUCCUCACACUCACCCUCGCGCUUCUGAACUUCUCUAUCUUAUGAGCGGGUGUCUCCUCGUUGGAGUCGUUGACACCACCGGGAAGCUCUUCACUCAGACCCUGUAUGGAGGAGAUUUAUUCGUGUUUCCCAAAGGACUUCUCCAUUUUCAAAUGAAUGAGGACAUUAAUAACAAGGCCGUUGCUAUUUCUGCGUUUGGCAGCGCCAGUGCUGGCACUGUCACAUUUCCUUCAGCUCUCUUUGGAAGCGGCAUAACAGACGAUGUUCUGGCCAAAUCAUUCAAGACAGACGUCCAAACUGUUGAGACGCUCAAGGCUGCACUCAAACCUAAACCCUAA